AAGCCCCUCCCACCUGUCCCGCCCCCCCCCCACCUGCCCCGCCCCCCGCCCCGUGGUGGCAAAAGGCAACGUGGGCGAAUUAAAAUAAAUAACUUUAUCACUUAAAAAAGUUGUAACAUUGGGAUAAGAAGACGACAACAAAACGUCGCCCGAUUUAAACAACACAAUGAGCCGCUUCCCGGUGUUUACGAGAGUCGCCGCCAAGCUGGAUUACCUCAGCGACGGCGAAGACGACGAAGGCCCCGGCACCCCCCCCGACCGGGAGGCCUCGAGCCUCGGGGUCGCCUCGACACCUCCGCCGGGCGCCUCGCACCGAGGCCGGCGAGUCGCCCAGGCCACGCCGGGCUUCCUCGACGGGAGUCGCGAGGCUCUGUCGUGUUGGGACGCGUCCAUGGAGUCGCCGUCGCCCGUCAAGGCGAAGCGGCCGCGGCCGACGCCUUCGUCGUCGGCGGGGGAGGCGUGGGGGCGAGGGGGCGACGCAGGAGAAGCGGCAGCCUCGCCGGGCACCCCCCCUCACAAAACCUUCCGCUCACUGCGUCUCUUCGACACCCCGCACACUCCCAAGAGCCUCCUCUCCCAGGCCGCUCGUCUCCGCCAGGGAGGCCCGGCAACGGUUGGCCCGGCAACGGUUGGCCCGGCAGCGGGAGGCCCGGCAACGGGGGGCCCGACAACGGGGGGCCCGACAACAGGGGGCCCGAGCCCCUUGGGGGUGCAGGAGGAAGGGAGCCCUGCAGUCAACGUGAACCCCUUCACCCCGGACGCCCUGGAGGCCGCCCGAACCCUGGGCCCCCGCUCGGGGGUCAAGAGACCUCGGUGCUCCAACCCCGUGGCCGACAUGGAAGAUGUGUUAAUAGACGAUGAAGACACUUUACCGGCAAAGAGGCUGCCCCUGCGCAUGAGCAACAUGCGCUCACGCUACGCCUCCGAGUUCCACGAGGUGGCGCGCAUCGGCGCCGGCCACUUCGGCUCGGUGUUCAAGUGCGUGAAGCGCCUGGACGGCUGCCUCUACGCCAUCAAGCGCUCGCUGCGACCCCUCGCCGGAUCCGUGGACGAGCAGAGCGCCCUGCGUGAGGUCUACGCCCACGCCGUGCUGGGCCAGCACCCCCACGUGGUGCGCUACUACUCGGCGUGGGCCGAGGAUGACCACAUGAUCAUCCAGAACGAGUACUGCAACGGCGGCAGCCUGCAGGGCGCCGUGAGGGAGGGCGCCAGUGAGGGCCGUGCCUUCACCGACCAGGAGGUGCGCGAGCUGCUGCUGCAGGUGGCGCGCGGACUCAAGUACAUCCACGCCAGCAGCCUGGUGCACAUGGACAUCAAGCCCAGUAACAUCUUCAUCGCCAGGAGGGUGACGUCACCCAACCCGGCGGAGCCGAGCGACGAGGGGGACGAUGAGGAGUGCGUCUCCUCCACCAACGUCGUUUACAAGAUCGGUGACCUGGGUCACGUGACGUUGACCUCCGACCCCCAGGUGGAGGAGGGCGACAGUCGCUUCCUGGCCCUGGAGGUUCUGCAGGAGGACUACCGGCACCUGCCCAAGGCCGACGUCUUCUCCCUGGCGCUCACCGCCGCCGUGGCCGCCGGCGCCGGGCCCCUGCCGGCCAAUGGCGCGGAGUGGCAGCGCAUCCGGCAGGGGGCCCUCCCCUCCCUGCCACGCGCACUGGGGGCCGGCCUCCAACAGCUGCUGGAGUCCAUGCUGUGCCCGGAUCCCGCGUCUCGCCCCUCGUCCGCGUGUCUCUGCCGUCACACCGAGCUGCUGCCCCCGGAGAGACGGAGCGCCGAGGAGCUGAGACGGGAACUCAACGCGGAGAGGUUCAAGAACCACCUCCUGCAGACGGAGCUCAAGAAGGCUCAGAUGGCUCGGGGCGGGGGGGGCGGGGGGGAGGACCCCCCGUUGCCCGACUCCCUCCUCCCCUCGUCGCGCAUGUGCACGCGCUCCUCGCUGGCUCGCUCGAGGCUCGUGGGGCGAGCCACCGCACGCUCGCUCAGCCUCAACAUCUACUGAGCCUCUCCCCAAGGAGGAGGGAGUUGACCCCCCCCCCCCCUGAAGACUCACCCCCCCGCCCUGAGGAGUCGACCCCCCUUGAGGAGUCACCCCUCUGAGGAGCCGAAACCUCCCGAGUAAACGUUGACAGUG